AUGGCUUCGAAACUACUCCGGGUCGGUAAAGAAAAUGCCGCUAAAUUCCAGGGAAGAACCAUUGACAUUCUGGUGGGGAACGAAAAAAAGGCUUACAGUGUUCACGAGUCGCUGGUUCCUGCCUCUUCUCCUUUCUUGGAAAAGGCCUUGUCAGGGAAAAGGAAGGAAUCUGUGCUGCGCACUGUCCACCUACCUAACGACGAGCCGGAGAUGAUUGCAAUCUACGUUCACUGGCUUUACUGUGGCACACUCCCUGUGUCUUGUGAUGAUUCAGCCAUGGAUACGGAGUACACGAACCUAGUCAAGGCUUAUAUUCUGGGUGAUAGACUAUUGGACUUCAAAUUUCAGAACGCCGCUAUCGACGCUAUUAUCGAGAAAGUUCGCACCCCGGAACGAGAUAACACAAGGUGGUACCCUGGACUAGAUGUGAUCAUCUACGCUUAUGCAAACACAACUGAGUCAGCACUGAUUCGUGAGUUAUUUGUGGAUCUAUAUUUUUACGGCGGGAAAAGUGCUUGGCUAGAUAAAUGGACCGCCGCUCCGCAGCCGUUUCUUCUAAGUCUUGCCUGCAAGCUGCUGGACCGAAAUGGUGAAACCAAGAUGCCUACUGAAACCCACAAGUAUCACAAAAAGGACGAUGCCUUAUCACCCAAAAAGUAA